AUGCCUUCUUUCAACAUUGUUGUCUUCGCUGGAGACCACUGCGGUCCUGAGGUGACCGCGGAGGCUGUUAAGGUCCUCCGCGUCAUCGAGAAAAGCCGUAGCGACCUGAGCUUCAACCUCCAGGACCAUCUGCUGGGUGGUGCCUCCAUCGAUGCUACCGGAGUUCCCUUGACGGAUGAGGCUCUGAAUGCCGCGAAGAACGCUGAUGCCGUUUUCCUGGGUGCCAUUGGUGGGCCGAAAUGGGGAACUGGUGCCGUGCGUCCCGAGCAGGGUAUCUUGAAGCUCCGCAAGGAAAUGGGCACCUUUGGCAACCUGCGCCCUUGCAACUUUGCUGCUCCCUCCCUGGUCGACAGCUCCCCGCUCAAGGCCGAGGUGUGCCGGGGCGUCGACUUCAACAUCAUCCGCGAGUUGACCGGCGGUAUCUACUUUGGUGACCGCAAGGAGGAUGACGGCAGCGGGUUCGCCAUGGACACCGAGCCCUACUCGCGCGCCGAGAUCGAGCGCAUCACCCGUCUGGCCGCCCACCUCGCUCUCCAGCACAACCCCCCCUUGCCCGUGUGGAGCUUGGACAAGGCCAACGUCCUCGCCACCAGCCGUCUGUGGCGCAAGGUCGUCACCGAGGUCAUGGCCAAGGAGUUCCCCCAGGUCCAGAUCGGCCACCAGCUUAUCGACUCCGCCGCCAUGAUCAUGGUCAAGGACCCGCGCAAGCUCAACGGAAUCGUCGUCACCAGCAACCUCUUCGGAGACAUCAUCAGCGAUGAGGCCAGUGUCAUUCCGGGCUCGCUCGGCCUUCUCCCCAGCGCUAGUCUGAGCGGUAUCCCCGACGGCAAGAGCAGGGUCAACGGUAUCUACGAGCCUAUCCACGGCUCCGCCCCCGAUAUCGCCGGCCAAGGCAUCGUCAACCCCGUCGCCGCUAUCCUCUCCGUCGGCCUGAUGAUGCAGUACUCCUUCGGUCUCUUCGAAAUCGCCAAAGCCAUCGAGACCGCCGUCAGCAACGUGAUCGAGGCUGGCGUCCGUACAGGCGAUAUCGGCGGCACUGCCAACACCAAGGAGGUCGGUGACGCGGUUGCUGCCGAGCUGGAGAAGCUCCUGAACUAG